GUUUCACAAACGCCUCCACCAACAUACCCGCCUCCAAUAUCACCGCCGAAAUCUUAUUCUUCACCAUCUCCGAAACAGUAUGUCGAUGAUGAUUAUGAAUCAUAUGAUUAUGUCCCCUCGCAAAAUCAAGGAUCAUAUGAUUCGAGAGAUACGAGAGAUAGGCCUUUUCCACAAAGACCGUACAAUAAUAAUCAUCCUAUGCCUCCAAGGCGUGGUUCGUCAGUUCGUGAAAUGACAAAUCGUUUUCAGUUAAUGAACGAGGAGAGAAAACCCAUAUCUCAUUCAACACGGCAAGCGACAUUGCCAACAUCAGGACGUGUUAAUGAAAUUACGACUCGAUUUGUUUCGCCUAUAAGAAGACUGAAGCAACCAGGAUUCCAAGACUUCGAACAGGAAGAGAGAAAUGUGGAACCUAGGUGUAGUGAUAGGAUUAAUAAAGAACAAGGGGUACCAUUCAAGCGAAGUAAAAAUAAGCAUGGAUAUCUGUCCUCAUAG